AUGGCUUCAGUCAUGGCCAAAAGGUCAAUGAAUUACAUGGCUUCUUACAUUGCCAAAAGGUCAAUGAAAAUGGAGAUAAUCUCCAAAGAAAUCAUCAAACCUUCAUCUCCAACCCCAAAUCAGCUAAAAACUUUUAAACUUUCGUUGCUCGAUCAACUCACUUUGCACUCAUAUAAUCCGAUCUUGCUUGUAUACGAGUCCAAAAGUCUAACCAGUAGUGCUGCUUUGAAGGAAUCACUAUCUAAAACCCUAAUCAAGUACUACCCUUUUGCGGGUAGGCUUCAAAAAGAUGGUAUCACGGUUGAUUGUGGUGAUCAUGGAGUGGUUUUUGUGGAAGCAAAGAUUUUGGGGUGUGGGUUAGCUUCUUUCCUUCAAAACCCUAAGUUCGAGACACAGAAGCUACUGUUUGCUGAAGGUUUUUUGUGGAAAGGGUCAUGUAUAGAUGAGAGUUUUUUUGCAGCUCAAGUAACAUCUUUUGAAGGCGGUGGAAUGGUGGUUUCUGUUUCCAUAUCCCAUAAGGUUGCAGAUGGAACGUCGGUUGCUACUUUUCUGAGUGACUGGGCUGCCAUGACACGUGGCGAGGUGAUACCAGCACCGAUGAUCCUUGCUACAUCCAUACCUUCUUUGGAUCUUGGAUUCAGGGUGCCUGAAAUAGUGAUGAACAAAAGUAAUACUUGUGUCACAAAGAGGUACGUUUUUGAUGCAAAGAUAAUAGCCGGAUUGAAAAAAUCUGUUGGUGGGUUUGUGCAAAACCCCACGAAGGUUCAAGUUGUGACUGCACAUCUUUACAAAUGCGUGAUGGCUGCUUCAAUAGCUAAAACGGGUUCUUUUAGAAAAUCAACAUGGGUUCAACUGGUGAACAUGCGAUCACGAAUGACUCCACCCUUACCCGAAAAUUCUAUCGGAAACUUCAGUUGGUAUUUCACAAUAUCAAACGAUGAUCAGAAGGAAACAAGUUUAAGUAAUGUGGUACUUGAUUUGAAGAAUGGGCUCAAAGGAGUUUGUAAGGGUGGAAAUAGUCAAGAUUUGAGUGAUUGGUUGAAGGAUGUUAGGGAGUUUGCAGGCAAUGUAAAGGAGUUGUUUGAUGAUCUUGAUGUUUACAGGUGUAGCAGUAUGUGCAAGACAUCUUUUUAUGAAAUGGAUUUCGGAUGGGGAUCUCCAAAGUGGGUCAGCGUUGCAGAUGUGUUAGUGAAGAACACUUUCAUCUUGACUGAUACACCAGAUGGAGACGGUAUUGAAGCCAUGGUGAGUCUGGAAGAAGACGACAUGAGACUAUUUGAAGUCAAUCAACAUCUCCUACCGUGA